GUGUUCCUGCAUAGAACUGAAGCGCAGACAGCGCUAUGAGAGACAAGAGAGAGAAAAACACCCCUUAUCUGUAGAGAAAGGCUCAAAAGUUCACUCGUUUCGCAUAAAAUCGUUUCUACGACUCACUCAGGUCACAUAUCGUACCGUGUUUCUAUGUCUGUGAUGCGGAGUGUCUGAGAGGGUUCAUUGAGUCUCUGCUGAGAGUGGCAUCCCACAGAACUGCCCUCAUCUGCCAAGCUCUAUCUGGAAGGCUCUCAAAACUCCCACAAGUGAGAUUCAGCAUUCUUACUGAGGAUGGCUGUGUUUCGAGGCUGAGGUCAGUAUGCACUUUUAGUCAUUGUUUCCAGUCACUCUGCCGGCUGUGUCUCUGAGCUUGAGCCCAGGGAUGAAAUGGAAACACAACCUGCUGAUCUCUGAACACAAGGCCGAGCAGUGAGUUAAAUCAGGGACGUGGAAGGGUGAAAGGAGGUCAUGUCACGGGUUCCCACACCCCCUCCCCCAGGGGAAAUGACAUCAGGACCUGUGGCGGAAAGCUGGUGUUAUACACAGGUGAAAGUUGUGAAGUUUUCUUACAUGUGGACGAUUAACAACUUCAGCUUCUGUCGGGAGGAGAUGGGAGAAGUCGUAAGGAGCUCGACCUUCUCCUCGGGCCCCAACGACAAGAUGAAAUGGUGUUUGCGAGUGAACCCAAAGGGUCUGGAUGAUGAGAGUAAAGAUUAUCUCUCUCUGUACUUAUUGCUUGUCAGUUGCCCAAAAAGUGAAGUGAGAGCAAAGUUCAAGUUUUCUUUACUGAACGCCAAAAGAGAAGAAACUAAAGCCAUGGAAAGCCAAAGAGCCUACCGCUUCGUCCAGGGAAAGGACUGGGGCUUCAAGAAGUUCAUCAGGAGAGAUUUCUUGCUGGAUGAAGCUAAUGGACUUCUUCCUGAUGACAAGCUCACUCUGUUCUGUGAGGUGAGUGUGGUCCAAGACUCUGUAAACAUCUCUGGCCAGUCAAACACAAACAUGCUGAAGGUUCCAGAGUGUCAGCUUUCCGACGACCUGGGGAACCUGUGGGAAGGAUCCAGGUUCACAGACUGCAGCUUGUUCGUGGGAGGGCAAGAGUUCAAAGCGCACAAAUCCAUCCUGGCAGCGAGGUCACCCGUAUUCAAUGCCAUGUUUGAACACAAAAUGGAGGAGAGCAAAAAAAACCGCGUGGACAUCAGCGAUGUUGAACCGGAUGUAUUUAGGGAAAUGAUGGUUUUUAUUUACACUGGUAGAGCUCCUAACCUGGAGAAAAUGGCUGACAGCCUGUUAGCGGCUGCAGACAAGUAUGCUCUGGAAAGAUUAAAGGUAUUAUGCGAGGAGGCUCUCUGUAACAGUUUGUCUGUAGAGAAUGUGGCUGACAUCCUCAUCCUGGCUGACCUGCACAGCGCAGAGCAGCUGAAAGCACAAGCCAUAGACUUCAUUAAUAGAUGCAGUGUUCUUAGACAGCUGGGCUGUAAAGAUGGGAAGAACUGGAAUAGCAAUCAUGCCGCAGACAUAAUGGAGACCGCAGGUUGGAAAGCAAUGAUUCAGUCCCAUCCUCACUUAGUGGCCGAGGCUUUCCGGGCUCUCGCUUCAGCCCAGUGCACCCCUUUUGGUCUGCCUAGGAAACGGCUAAAACAGUCCUGACCUUUGCCCUAACAGACUGCUUAGAACAAAACGCAUGAGGCAACUACCCCACCGUGCCCUACUUCCCCCUCUCCACUCACCCAUCGCCCUUACCAGAGACCGGAUAGAGGAGCUAGUUCAAACCACAGUGCUCAAA